UUUGACCUUCAUUCAAGAUUCUCUACCAACAUGAUAGGCAUACACACGAGGAACAAUGUGGAUUAAAUUUCAUCUUUCUCACGAUGCAACGUCUUUACAAAAUCCUUCAUUUCUUCGUCACUCUAUUUUUUACUGUUUUAUUGAACUCACGGUACUACAUCAACUUGACAAAGCGCAAGAUUCAUUGGGCAUUCUCGGAUGAAAAUGCUGAGAGCAAAAUUUUGACCGAAGUUGCGACCUUGACGAGCCUUCCUCGUCAUUUGACAUUGAUCUUAUUGGAGAGUAAUGUGGAUUUAACAAUUUUAGCGAAAAUAAUCGUUUGGUCUUUUACGAUCGGAAUAUCAUAUGUCAGCGUCUACUCAACUGAUGAUGACAGGAGAACAGAAUUAUAUGAUGAAGUGUAUCAAAUAAGACAAGACAUGACAAGCUGUGACUAUGAGCUACAAUUUAGCGAUGAAAGUUUGACAAAUCACAAUGGACUAAAUGGCUCAGGUCAGAAAGCUUUUAGGAAGGUGCACUUGAGCACAAUUCCAUACCACAAAGGGAAAGAAGAAAUUACAAAAGUUGCACAAGACUAUUGCAUCGGCAUUAAAAACAAGGAUAACCUACCAAAUAUAAUGAGUGUGGAACAUAUGAAUAAUCUUUUAGAAGAUCAAAGAAGUUUCCCAGAUCCUGACUUGGCAUUGGUAUUUGGACAACUUAACAGUGUCUGCAAUUAUCCACCUUGGCAAAUCAGGCUUACAGAAUUCAUAUUUGUUCCUUCCUUAGCAGUACUGGACCACUUCAAAUUCUUAGAGACACUGCACAAGUACAGCAAAUGUGAACAGAGAUUUGGAAGAUAGCACUGGAAAUUAAUGAAAAAAUAUUUAUUUUGUUUGAUCAACAUGUAUGUGUGAUUGUCAUUGUCGCAGGUUUUUAAAUGAGAAUACAAGUUAUUACAAAAAGGACAUAUACCAUGAUACACUUUCAACCUUCAGACAUUGGUAUUGCAGAAAUUUUUGACAUUAUUAAUAAAGUAUUUAAAUAAUUUUAUUACACGUGAAUAUGAAAAAAUUCAAUUUUGGAGCCAAAGAAACUUCUUUAAACAUUCA